CUUCCCCUCCUGAAAUGUAUUCGGCCCCAGUUAACUGUUAGAUUUUGACAACAUUGAUUCCACUUAUGGUUGAACCUGUAGAAGACGUGAAUGAGUUUGGUUUAUGGAAUGAACCCAAACCAGUCAUUUACACCCGAAUCUCAUUCCUCUGGUUUUUUUUUUUUUGGCCCUUCUGCCCCUUGUGUUAUAGUUUUAGUCAAUCACUUACUUUUAACAACUCACCAUACAAUGAGACUGAGGAUUCACUGGAACUAGUGGAUUAUGCUGAUGAAGAGACCUUUAAGGACAUUAAAGAAUCCUCCUUUGUCGAAGAGUCUUUGAAAGAUGAAGACGGGAAUAUCUCAAAAACCCAAAGAGUUAGCAUUGAAGAUUUUGAGAUUUUGAAGGUUGUGGGGCAGGGUGCAUUUGCUAAAGUAUAUCAGGUGAGGAAGAAAGGUACUUCAGAAAUUUAUGCUAUGAAGGUUAUGCGGAAGGACAAGAUUAUGGAGAAGAACCAUACUGAAUACAUGAAAGCUGAGAGGGAUAUCUGGACAAAGAUAGAACACCCUUUUGUUGUUCAACUCAGAUACUCUUUUCAGACAAAAUACAGACUGUAUCUUGUGCUUGAUUUUGUAAACGGGGGCCAUCUCUUCUUCCAGCUUUAUCACCAAGGCCUUUUUAGAGAGGAUCUAGCACGCAUAUAUGCUGCGGAGAUUGUUUCUGCAGUUUCUCAUCUUCAUUCAAAUGGAAUAAUGCACAGGGAUCUGAAGCCUGAAAAUAUUCUACUGGACGCUGAUGGCCAUGUUAUGUUGACUGAUUUUGGCUUAGCAAAACAAUUUGAAGAGAGUACUAGAUCAAAUUCGAUGUGUGGUACAUUAGAGUACAUGGCACCUGAAAUUAUUCUUGGCAAAGGCCAUGAUAAGGCUGCUGAUUGGUGGAGCGUAGGUGUUCUACUGUUUGAGAUGCUUACUGGAAAGCCCCCUUUCUGUGGUGGUAGCCGUGACAAAAUUCAGCAGAAGAUAGUUAAAGACAAGAUCAAGCUACCAGCAUUUUUGUCAAGUGAAGCACAUUCACUGUUGAAAGCGCUGCUACAGAAGGAAGCAACGAAGCGCUUAGGUUGUGGAGCCCGGGGAGUUCAGGAAAUUAAGGGACACAAGUGGUUUAAACAAAUCAAUUGGAGAAAGCUGGAAGAACGAGAAAUCCAGCCAAGCUUUAUCCCAGACGUAGCUGGUACGCACUGUGUUGCCAACUUUGAGAAACGCUGGACUGAUAUGCCUGUUGUGGACUCGCCAGCUGCCAGCCCAAAUGGUGGAAACCCCUUUAAGGACUUCUCUUACGUGAGGCCUGCACCUUCUUUUCUUCAGAGGAAUAGCCCUGCGUACUAACCAGACAACUUGUAACGGCUUUUACUUAAGAUGCAUAUGUUUUUAUAGUUCUCUUAUUCUUCUCAUUAGUUAGUUGCCUGUAUCUGGAUGCGUGAACAGUGAGUGAUAGACUGUCACAAUUGUCAACACUAAAAGAAUUUUUUGUGCCCCUAGCUAGGACUUGUGUGUAAAAUCUACAGGUUGUGAGUUCAGUCACUUAUUUAUGUGCCUUGCAGCUCCACAAUUCUAUUAAGAUGUAUGUCAUGUCUGGAGGAAAUAAACUGCUUUUUUUAUACACUGAUUUACUUAGCAUU